CUUAAUCUUUGUUUAUCUAAUAUUUUGUCGUUUAACUUGUAAUGUUAAUUUACUUUAACUAUAGUAUCUAGAUCUGCAUACAUCUACGUUUUAUUAUUUUAAGCAUACAAAUCAGUGGUAAUCUAUCUUUUUAGGACUUAGGUGCGUAAAAUCGGCCGCGGCUACUGGCUAGUGGCUACUGAAGUGACAGUGAGUUGAGAGCAAGUUAUUUUCAAACUCCAUCUGCAGAACAGAAUUCAUGGCUCUACAAUUGAAAACUAUGAACUUACCCUCUUUAAAGUUUUUUUAACUGAACAGUAAUAAGAAAGACACCAUUCAUAAUGUUCAGUAAAAGUUCAUCUGGAAAAGAAAAGUUUCUGGAGCAAAAAAAAGCUGACAGAGAAGGAAGAGCACAGGAUAGGUCACGUGAAAAUGCUGCUGUUAGAAUCCAGUCCUCUAUGCGAGGAUUUCUGACAAGGAGAAAACUCAAGAAAUCCAUCCAUGAAGAGGUUGAUAAUUUCUUAAAGAUACCACCACCUGAAAGUGAUGCUGAGUACAAACCACCUUUACAAGCAGCUUCUGAAACCUUUAGAAUCUCAAAGAAGUUUUUAUUUGUGCACAAUGCACAGUCUGACCAAGACAGAAGGAAAUUUGAAUAUCUUUGUCGCUAUAUCCUUGCUUCAAUGGAAACAGAUGUUCUUAAGCAUUGCUAUGUGUCUGUAUCAUUCAACAAGAAACUCACACUUGUUUGGAUUGCACAGCUUAAAUCAUUGCUCUGGAAAUGCUGUCAAUAUUUUUACACACUAAGGCCAGAAAACCACAAUGACAUCCGUACGGUUAUGGUCUUGUUGCGUAUGCUGGUCACCUUUACCUCCCAUACAAACUGGGUGGCUUUCAAGGAUAAAGAAACACUACACCAAGGAUUUGCCAAACUGUGUGAAAAUGUAAUGGGAGACUUAAAUAGUCGUGGACUGUAUCCUGCACUAGAGGCCUUGUUAAGGAGAGGCUUAUGUAGAUCUAAAAUAGCUUUUAACAAAGCCUGUCUCAGUGCAAUCAUCACUAUAUCUAUGAGACCACUUGUGGCCUCCAAUUUCUCUCCAAAUUUGCUGAGUGUAUUUUUACUUCAUGUGCUGUCUGUACCAGCUGUCAUUAUUCAUAUCAAUACUAUCGCUCAAGAUUGUAUAUCAACUAUGGUGACACAUAGAAUUUUCAAGAGGUGUCUGGAUCUUUUAACUUGUGAGCAGAGUACAAGAAUUAUCUUUAACUCUCUUGAAGGAAACUAUGCACUGUGUUUAAUGGCAAACUUAAUACAGUUGGGAUUUGUCGAGAUGGAGGGACUUGUUGAAAACACUGUUGAUUUCAUGUCUGUGAUGAUUCGUCUCUUGGAGAACUGCCAUAAGUAUGUGCAAAACAAGAAGUCCAACCUGACACACUGGCACCCAGUGCUUGGAUGGUUUUCACAAAACACAGAUGUCAGCCUCCAUGAAUCAAUGCCGUACGUUGUACGUCAGCUGCAGCUGUUGUGGAGUGACAAAAUGAUACGCCUCAUGUUUGCUGUACUGCUGGAGUACACAGAGACCAGCCCAGUCCUUGAUACAGAGCAGACGCCAUCAAAAAACAAAAAUAUUUUGAAGAAAGCCCUUGGUAAAGCCUCAUCAAGCAAAGUUUCAACAACUCAAAAAAUCAAACUUGAUAGCGGCAUAGCUUUUAGCACCUGCUUGCCAUGCUCCCUCUACCAACAGAUCAUCAACACUUUAACUCAAUUAAAGAUGGACAUACUAGGAGGGCUUGCGUACAAUGAUAUACUAUUGCCAAUAUUGUGGCGAUUUCUCUGUGACCUUGGUCCUCACUGUGGUUUGAAGACAUUCAUAGAACUUCUGACUCAGGCACCAAACUCUACAAUUCAUCCAGUCUUCAGCCUCCUCUCAUUAUUCUGUGAAACAGCUUCUCAUAUGAUUACAACUCUAGAUGACACAGAGAUGCUGGAACACCAGAAGGUUUUUAAAGUUGGGGAUUACGUCCGGAUGAGUGAAUUCCUCAACUUGUUCACCUUUAAAGUAAUAUGGGGAGGACUAAUUAGUCUUGAGCAAGCACCUACCUGUGAUGUUUUCACCUCCACCCUCACCCUGCUCAUGAUCCUACAUGACAGGGACAGUCGUAGAAGUUUUACUGGUCCAAAUCAUUGGUUAAUUAGAGAUGUAAAACCAAGUCAUUUUAUGGCAGAACUUGAGAAAGAGAAAAAGACAGCACUAUUCCUUAUGCAAAAAGUACCUCACAUCAUUCCAUUUAACGAACGAGUGAUUCUCUUCAGGAAAAAUGUCAUGAGAGAAAAGGAAAUGCUGGGGCUGACUGAGUCAUCUUGCACUACAGCCCAGUCCACACUUAUCACUGUACAUCGGAGUCGAAUAGUCGAGGAUGGGUACAGGCAACUGGCACAACUACCAAGCCGGGCUCUUAAAGGUGUCAUUAGGGUGAAGUUUAUCAAUGAAAUGGGUCUUGAUGAAGCUGGUAUUGAUCAAGAUGGUGUUUUUAAAGAAUUUCUCGAAGAAACUAUCAGCAAAGUUUUUGAUCCACAUCUUAACUUGUUUAAAGUAACCAGUGAACAGAAGCUGUACCCAUCAUCCACCUCACACAUACAAGACAGCCACUUGGCUUUGUUUGAGUUUGUGGGGAAAAUGUUGGCAAAAGCUGUCUACGAGGGUAUCAUAGUGGACGUACCGUUCGCACCGUUCUUCCUGAUACAGAUACGUGGCCACCUUCAGAGUGCAACAUACAGUUUUCUUGAUGAGUUACCUUCUCUUGACAUGGAACUGGCUAAAUCUCUUUCAUACAUCAAGCACUAUGAUGGGGAUGUCAGCAGUCUCGAAUUAACCUUCUCUUGUGAUGAGGAUAUUUUAGGUCGUAUUGUCACUCAUGAACUAGUACCAGGAGGGAAAGCUAUACAAGUCACCAAUGAGAACAAAAUCAGAUAUGUCCAUCUGAUGGCCCACUUCCACAUGUACAGACAAAUCAAGGAACAAUCCUUGGCUUUUGUCAGGGGAUUUAAAUCUGUUGUCACUCCAGACUGGCUCAGCAUGUUUUCCUCCCCUGAAUUACAAAAGCUCAUCUCAGGAGAUGGAGAUUGUUUAGACAUGGAGGACCUGAGGCGUCACACACAGUACUAUGGUGGCUACCACAACAACCACAAGGUGAUUAACUGGCUUUGGGACAUUGUAGAGAAUGAUCUGAGUAUUGAAGAAAAGGGUCUCUUCUUAAAGUUUGUUACAAGUUGUUCCAAACCACCUUUACUUGGGUUUGCCCACAUGGAGCCGCCAUUUUCUAUUCGCUGUGUAGAAGUUAGUGAUGACCAGGAUACUGGGGACACAGUAGGCUCAGUACUGAAGGGAUUUUUUAACAUCAAGAAGAAAGAUGCUGGUGGACGUCUACCCACAUCGUCAACAUGCUUCAACCUUCUCAAACUUCCCAACUACUCCAAGAAAUCUGUGCUCAGAGAAAAACUGAAAUACGCCAUUCAUUCACAUUCUGGCUUUGAAAUAUCUUGAUACUUGUGUCAAUUGGUGCAACAUUACUUGAUACAACCUUAUGUUUACACUUGUGCAACAUUACUUGAUACAACCUGAUGUUUACACUUGUGCAACAUUACUUGAUACAGAUGUUUACACUUGUGCAACAUUACUUGAUACAGAUGUUUACACUUGUGCAACAUUACUUGAUACAACCUGAUGUUUACACUUGUGCAACAUUACUUGAUACAACCUGAUGUUUGCAGUUGUGCAACAUUACUUGAUACAACCUGAUGUUUACACUUGUGCAACAUUACUUGAUACAACCUGAUGUUUACACUUGUGCAACAUUACUUGAUACAACCUGAUCUUUACACUAGUGCAACAUUACUUGAUACAACCUGAUGUUUGCAGUUGUGCAACAUUACUUGAUACAACCUGAUGUUUACACUUGUGCAACAUUACUUGAUACAACCUGAUGUUUACACUUGUGCAACAGUACUUAUAAACUGGUCCAUUAAAAUUUGGCCGCAAACCCUUAAAUUCAACAUAUAUUCCAAAACUGUGAUAACAAAACAAGUAGAUGUCACUCACACAUGUUAAAGAUGGUGGAUUAGCUUUGUUUCAUUCACACAUUAAUAAAACAUCUUUGUAAUUUAGUUUUAUAAGCGAUAAUUUUGUUUUUAACAUGGUUGUGUCAAUUUCCUUUGAUUCACAUUGUGUAAUAGAGGUAGACUUUUAAAAAAUAUUUUAUUUCUUUAAGCAACAAGUUUUAUUUUCUAUUAGUUAUUUGAACCAACUUUAAGAUUAAAUGUUCAGAUACCCCAUAGAAGUCUCUGAUUUAGCCAAGUUUUCAUGCUGGCUGGGACAUUGUUGUUGAUACUGGUAGAAUCAAGUAGACGAUGUUUGGGGUCAUUCAUAAAUAACGUCACACUUUUUAAAAUGAUUUUUACCUCCCCCCUCCCCUCCGUCACACGUUGUCACAAAAAGCCAGACCCCCCCCCCCCUAAAAUGACGUCACGCCUCAACCUACAACCCUCCUCAAAAUUGCAGUUGAAUUUUUUUAAAACAUCGAAAUUUUUUCCAAAAUCUUGUCUAAACUAUUACAAUUUAUUAAAACAGUUAUCUAAAACGCGAAAUAAUAUCUAAAAUUCGUUUUCUAACAUUGUUUUUUUAUAAUG